AUGGGCAAUGCUCACGAGCAACGCUAUGAGUACUUAUGUAUCGUUGACUUCGAGGCGUCUAUCAGUAAGACUCAGUCUGGCUGCUCGCAAGAAAUGAUCGAAUUUCCACUCGUCUUAAUAUCCACAACAAAUACUUCUUUGGAAGUCAUUGAUGAGUUCCACACUUUUAUUCAACCUCGGCGCAAUCUACCCGGGAAAAAUCGACAGGAGAUUCCACAGCGAGUUCUCGAUGAAAGUCCAAUCUUUCCAGAAGCAUGGGAAAUGCUGCUGUUGUUCCUUGAGCGUCACAAAGCCACGGAAUCAAACACUCUCGCAAUAACUUGUGGAGAUUGGGACUUCAGAACCAUGCUCCCCACUGAACAAACAUUUUACGGCAUCAGUGGUUUACCCUUAUUCGAAAGGUGGUGUAAUAUCAAACACGCUUUCAAAGCGUUCACGGGGAAGAAAGCCGAUUCCAUGGUGCGCAUGUUGAAUGUGAUCGGGCAGGAACUUAUUGGGACUCACCACAGUGGAAUCGACGAUGCUCGGAACAUUGCGAGUAUUGUUCGAUGGUUGUACCAGCAAAGACAUGCUUUUAGAGUCACAAGCGAUGGAUCAAUCGACGAGCAAGCUUUACAGCAUCAGCAAGUAUUACAACUUGAAAAGGCGGAAUGGAAGCGAGCUACAGAAGAGGCCCGCAUCGCAAAGCUAUCAGUUGGAGCGACACCUCCUCAGGAAAUGUUUCAAAGUGACCUUUAUUUUUCAGCAUGGGAUGACGAGGGUAUUCCGACGCACCUAGCUGAUGGGACGCCAUUGUCGAAGAGCGCUAUUAGUAAGCGAAAGAAAUUGUGGAGAGUCCAGAAAUCACUACACGAGAAGUAUUUGGCAUGGCAGGACUCUAAAGUUGAAGUGUAA